AUGGCGUGGGAGCCACACUGGGAAUUUUUGGGAUUUUCCUGCCUCGUCCUGCUCCGAUCCCGACUUUCCCUGGCGCAGCUGAUCGAGGCCACCACGGCGCCUCCCAAGAAGAAGCCGGACCCGGUGACGUCGGAGACCGUGGUGAUCUGGGGGCUGCGCCUGUGGCAGGUGGUCGGGAUCUUCGCCCUCUUCGUCCUCUCCAUCAUUAUCACCCUGUGCUGCAUCUUCAAGUGCCGGAUCCCGCGCACGCGGAAGGAGAUCGAGGCGCGCUACGCCCAGCGCCAGGCGGCCAAAAACUACGCGGACAAACUGGAGACCGUGCCGCCCCUGGGGGAGCUCACCGAGAUCCCCGGAGUGGACAAGGCUCAGGGAAAGAAGGAUGGAUCCAAAGACUCCAAGAAAAAGGACGGGGAGAAGGAGCAGAAGGAAGAAUCCAAAAAGGAA